GCUAGCUAGGUUCACCCCGUGACCGCGCAGUGACCCGUCCCGUCGCCCACUCUCCGCGCUCCUUCCCGAUGGAACCCUCCCGUCCUUUGGGCACCUACUACACGGCUGGCUCCAUUGAAGACCUCGCCCACCCAGUUGAAGGAUCCCCUGCUUGUGCUUGUGCUUGUGCUUGUGCUGGGAAGAUGGAGAAGGAGCUCUAGCGGUUCCACUGCGCUGAAGUUGCCCGAUUAUUCGUGUAGCAAUGCACAAGAAGAAAGAAACUAUUCGUGCAUCAGGGAUGGAUGACUGCAUAGACCUCUGUUCUUCAUCAGAAGAGGAAGGAGGAGGAGUUCCUGCAGGGAGAGUCGAGUCAGAGUCUGAUUCUGAAUUUGAUGAAAAUGCUGAAGGAGGAGUCGAGUCAGAGUCUGAUUCAGAAUUUGAUGAAAAUGCUGAAGGAGUUGAUUCAGAGCCUGAUCCGGAAUUUGAAAAAAAUGGUAAAGGACAUGGAGUAAAUCAUAAUGGACAUGGAAAAGGAGGAGAUCCUGGAGGGGUCGCCGAGUCAGAGUUUGAUUCAGAAAUCGGAGAGCAUGACAAAGGAAUUGCAAAGAACACGUACAUCGGAUCAAGGUGCAGCGUGAAGAAACUGUACAACCUGAUCCAUGGAUUAGAUGAAGAGAAGAAAGGCUAUGUGAGGGAGAUUGGUUUUGGGGGCCUGCUUCUCCUGCCAAAGCUCAUGAGGACAAAUCGGCACUUCCUCAUGUGGCUGCUAAGCAAAGUUGAUGAGGAAGCAAGCUCUAUCAUCACAGGUUACCGCAGGGACAUACCUUUCCAUGAUAAAGAUGUGGAAACUGUGCUGGGAAUUCCAUGUGACGGCGCACCGGUACAGAAUGAACAACACGGUGUUCCUGAGAAUGUGAUAGCAGCGAUCCGAAAGACUCUCGGAAUAUCCGAAUCGGAGCACGACAUAGGUCCGGUGGUUGCGAUUGUGAAGAAGGUCAGGGGCCAAAAGAUGACAAAAGCAGAAAUAUCAAAAUUCAAGAUUGCCUUUGUUAUAUGCGUGGCGACGUACCUGUUUGCCCCAACAAUGAAAAAUGACUACUUUGUGACGGAUUACUGGGACGCGCUUAAAAACCCUGACAUAAUUCAUUUGCACAAUUGGUCCGGUUACGUGAGGUCGGAGACUUUAAGAGCAGCAAAGAGGGUUAAAGCUGAUCUGCUUGGAGGUAGCAAGAAGUCUAACCUAUCUGGAUGCCUGCCUUUCAUUCAGACGUUCUAUUUGGAUAACUUGGAGGUGAACGGUGGAAAUAUCCCACACGACGAAUUCCCCAGGAUACAGUUUUACACGCUGGAGGUGAUCAACGCGAUAGUUGAAGACGACACGAGGUCGCGUAAGGGAGCAGAACUUGUCACAUAUGGCCGAUUGCUGCCACGUCACGAAGCACUGGUGUGCUAUCAGAGGAACCCCGCGAACAGGAACAAUGUUGCUGGCGCAUCAAAUGUGUUUAACAGAGGCGAAUCUAGGUGCGCCGAGACCGGGUCUAUGACCAUAGAUGAGAUUGAAUCGCUAGUUAUAGAUAAGGUUUCAUCCUUCGCAGCGGCCUGUGAAUAUGUUUUGACAAGUUUUUCAAGGAAGAAGGAAGAGGAGAAGCAGAGGCACCAAGCUGCCUUGACAGACCUCGAGAACCAGUCGCAGCAACAGGUCAAGAAUGAGUCGAGGAAAGUGAGAGAUCAACUGAAAAUACUCUUUGCUGGAAUUAGGCAUCAGGAUGGAGUAAGCUGGAAUAUGAAGGGAAAACGCCCUUUAUAUGAAGAUCCAGCGCCAACUGAGGAUGCUGAUGUUGGUUGCCCUAACUCCGAUAUGCCUCAAGAUAGCCAUUCAUCACCAGCUGCAGAGAUACCUGGCCAUGGAUCUGAACUGGCGCGUCUUGGUAUCAAGAGGGUAAUUAAAAGAAGGAAAGAGUGAUGUUUUAUCGUCGCUUGUCCAGAUCACAUAUAUAUUGUGACCGGAAUAAUUCUAUCUUUUCUGUAUUGUGAAAUCUGGUGCAUACAUAACAAGAUAACAUGAGCGGAGGCAAAAAAAAAAGUGAUGAUGGCUGCUUUUGUUAUGUCUGAGCACCUGCGUGUGCGGUGAUCUAGGGGUAAAAGGGUGUGGUUUUCCCCCUUUCCCUUUGUAAGUUUGAGGGCAUGUGGCCUUUGAGAACUUUCAGUUUGUCUCUGGUAGGGAGUUUAAAACUGUGUUCUUCA